GGCAUGCGGCAUUUAAUUUUGCAAUGUUUCAAAUAAUGCUAACACAUUUGUAUCUAAAAGUUUUUACUGACUGUUGUGACUGAGACGCCGAGACUGAUAAUUACAUCAAUUUUUUAUAAACUGUGAUUGAAAGUAAUCAACAGUUAAACGAAAAAGGCCAUUUGUCAUCCGUUUUCAUGGUAGGGAUUGUGGCAAUUGCGCAGAUCUAGGUGUACAUAUGAUGGCAGAUAGGUAUGGACACAUCAACUACAACAUUCUGUAGAUUUUCUCCUUUGAGAACACCAAAUAUACAAAAAAAAAGUUUGAAAAAGUAUGACUCGCCCAUGAAGGACGUCAGUGACACAGAAUCUUUAGCAUCUGUUGUAACCUCAGAGAUUCGUAGCAUUGCACAUGCUGUAAGCAAUAGACUGAAGAAAAGUUCUGAUAUUGGCAUGAUGUCAUCGGAUGAUGAUCUUUUCAUAUCCCAGAGCAAGAAAGUUGCUAGCCCAGUAAAAUCAGCAAGGAAGAGGACAGUUUCUGACAGCAACUCAGACUCUAGUAGUCUUGAUACCAGCUCAGAUUCUGAACCUGAUACUGUGAAAUCACCAACUUCUAAAAACCCAAAAAUGUUAUCACCUAAAAAACGUGUAAAACUUGAAAGUGAAGUUAUUAGUUCAACAAAAAAGUUAAAAUCUCCUAUUAAAUCCUCAAGUAAGUCCAAAAGAAAAGAGAAAGAUCAUGAGAUAAGUGAGGAUUCUGAGGAUUCCUCAUUCUCAGAACAUAACUCUCCAAAAGGGAUGGAGAGUAGUGUAAGUAGUGUGCUCACCUCUACUACUGACUCUUCAAAAGGAAGGAGAGGAAGUGUAAGCAGUGUGGCUUCUUCAAGCUCUUCAGAAGAAAGGAAGAAAAAGUGUGACUCUGAUUCAGCAGACAGUGAUAAAGGUGAUUCAGAUAGUGACAGUAGUAGUGAAUCCAUAGAAAAAAGAAAAAAGGUGAAAAAGAAAAAAAAUAGGGCACACAAUACAUCUGAGGAUUCAGAUUUUGAAACCAGGAUGCCAAAGGCAAAGAAAAAUCAUGAUAAAAGUAAAUCUGUUGUUAGCAAGGAGUCAUCACUUGGUAAAAGUGGUAGCGAAAAGUUAUGGUAUAAGAUACCAGAAAAUUUUGAAAUAGACACAUCUCCAAAAUAUUUAACUAAAUCAGAAGUGCAAGGGAAACAACUCUGGUUGAUAACAGCUCCAGAUGAUUUUGAUAUAUCAGUAUUGCAUAGACAGAAAAUAGACCUGACUGGUUCCAGUAUAAUAACAGAUGAAGAAGCUGAGGAUGAGAAACAGUAUGAAGUUGUUGCUAGACCAAUUACUAGCCAGAUGCCCAGUUUCAGCAGUGCAGCAUCACAGUCGUCUGGUAGUGAGGAGUUUAUCCUUGGGUCAGAGAUAAGUGGUCAACUGCAAGUAAUAGGUUGGAUCCCAUGUAUGCCCCAAGUGGAAUUGGCCGUAUCUCCCCCAAAGAAACACAGAGUACCGGAAGACCUUAAACCAACAUUCGUACCAUUUGGGUCAAAAUCACCAAAUAGACAGAAUGGUGAAGAAUGUCAUAGUAUUGAAAAGGUAGAGAAGCACAAGAAAAAGAAGAAAAAGAAAGAUAAAAGAAAAAAGUAAUUGUAAAAGAUAAUGCUUCAUCAGACAGGUGCUACAUUUGUAAAUGGAAAAGUGAUUUUACUGUGAAACUAUUUGAUAUUCUGGUACUGAUGAUAAACCCGGACAGAUGAUAAAGUUGACCACCUUGGAAUUAUUCCAUUUCAAUCAGUUAUUUAUAAAAUUGAACAGGCCAUCUAAUAGCAACCACUUACAACACCAACUGGAGUAAACAAGAACAAAAUUGGUAAAUAUUCUGUAUAAAUAAAUGACUUACAUUUAUCUGUAUAACAAGAAAAUAUUUAUCCAAAAUUACUGGUGGGUGGUGGGGGUGGAGAGGGUGUUUUUUAUGCAUGCUCACUGUCAACACAUAAAGGCCUGACAUUGGGUCAGUUUUCAUUAUUUGAUCCGGAAUGACUGUUGCAGCAUUUUUGGGAAAGUUUCAAUAUAAAACUAUGAGGAAAGUUUUGUAAAUGACAAAGUGGUCAAAUUUAUCAUCAGUCAACGUUCGUACAGUUCCCAUUUUAAAUACCCCUUUCAGGGCCUCACUUCAUGUGAGUUUGCUUACUAAACAUAAAUUUGAAUUAUGUAAUGUUUUCAGCAAAUGUUAAGCUUUAUUUUGAUACCAACCAUUGAUAACAAUUUGCAGGAAUAAAGAAGUUGCAGGUAAAAAGCCUCAUUUUCUGUUCGGGUUUAUCAUCAAUACCAGUUUAUGUUUUCAUUCAAAUUUUCUUUCAAAGUUUCUAACACCAAUAUAAUUGCAGUAGAAUGCCAGUUAUUAUGUAUAAUUGUUCAUGUAUAUUUUACUGAGUAAAAAAGUGAAGAGUAACAA